AUGGGUAUGGCGGUUGAACUACAACUCGAGUCAACAACCGCAGCAGUUGGACUCGCCGGCGCCGCGGCCCUUUCAGCCUAUCUCAACGCCAAAUUCCACCUGGGAAAAGACUUGACGCAGAUCUACUACCAUCGCCGCGGGGAACGGUACCAGGCGCGACUGAAGGCGCAGAACAAGAUCAACCUCUGGGCCUCGUUCUGCGAGAACGCCGACAAGUUCGCCGACAGGGACUGCAUCUGGUACUCGGACCCGUCGACCAGCCCGCCCACGGUCCACAACUACACCUGGCGCGAGGCCCGCGAGCAUGCCUGCCGCUACGCGCAGUGGUUCCUGGAAGCCGGCGUCCGACCCGGCGACUGUGUCGGGUUCUACCUCCACAACAGCCCGGACUUCGUGCUGGGAUGGCUCGGCCUGCUCGCCAUCGGGUGCUACCCUGCGAUGAUCAACUACAAUCUCGUGGGCGGCGCGCUGGUGCACUGUGUGAAGAUCGCGGAAUGCAGGAUCCUGCUCGUCGACGAAGACUUUCGGGACCGAGUUUCCUCCUCGUCGUUACUGGAGGACAAAGAGCUACAACAGCUCCAAGUCAGCGUGCAUGUCAUUGAUGGAGAUUUCCGGGCGCGGCUGGCACGAUUCCCAGGAGAGAUGCCCAGCGCAGCAGCUGAGUAUACCAAGGAUAUAGGUGAGAAGACGAGGCUAGCAUUGCGCUACACGAGUGGCACGACGGGGUAUCCAAAGGGCGUCAUGGCGACCAUCGGCCGAUACUACGCACGACUCGCCAGCCAGUUCACUCAGAUGGGCAUUCAACCUUUGCGAGCAGACGGCUCAGGGGAUCGAUGGGUCGGCUGCUAUAAUCUGCAUGAUUAUGCCAACGACAUUAUGCAUAGGGGUCACAACAGCAAGAAAUUCUCAGCGUCGCGGUUCUGGGACGAGGUGCGAACCUCUCGCUCAACUAUUGCCACGUACGUCGGCGAAAUCGCGCGCUAUCUGCUCGCUCAACCCCCUUCACCGCUCGACCGCGAGCACAACCUCCGCAUGGUGUACGGCAACGGCAUGAGACCCGACGUGUGGGGCCGGUUCCAGUCUCGAUUCGGCAUUCCCAGGGUCUGCGAGUUCUACGGCUCGACCGAAGGGGGUCUGUCGCACCUCAACGUCCAGGAGGGCGAGUUUCUGCGCGAUGCCGUGGGCCACGACGGACUGCUCCGCCGGUGGCAGCUGCGUGGGGAGAUGGUGCCCGUGCUCGUCGACGCCGAGAGCCACGAGAUCGUGCGCGACGCCGCCACGGGGUUCGCGGUCCGCAUGCCCUACGAGGUCGGCGGCGAGCUGCUGUUCCGGCUGGCCUCGGAGGCCGCGUUCGUCGGGUACUGGAGGAACCGCGAGGCGACGGAGAAGAAACUGGCCCGCGACGUGUUUCGGAAAGGCGACCUGUGGUACCGCACGGGCGACUCGCUCAAGCGCGACAGCGACGGGAGGUGGUCGUUCCUCGACCGGCUGGGCGACACGUUUCGGUGGAAAGGCGAGAACGUCUCGACGGCAGAGGUGUCAGAGUGUCUGGGCAGGUACCCUGGGGUGAUUGACGCCAAUGUCUACGGCGUGCAGGUCCCCAACCACGACGGGCGGGCGGGAUGUGCGGCGCUGAUGCUGGACGGGGAGGUUGGGCAAGGGUUUGAUCUUGAUGGGCUGUUAAGCCACGCCCAACGUGACCUCCCCGGCUUUGCAAUCCCCCUCUUCCUCCGCAUCGUCCCCACCGGCUCCCUCAACUCGAUGGGCCUGAAGCAGGAGAAAGUGCAGCCGCGGGCCGAAGGCGUCGACCCAUCUCGGGUACGCGGCGAUCAAGUCUAUGUGCUGCGAGGGGGUCGCUAUGUGCGCUUUACCCAAAAGGAUUGGGAUGAUCUGGUUGGUGCGAGGUCGAGGUUGUGA